UUUGGAUCCUUUUGUCAAUUGCAUCUGAACUAACACAGACCACGAUGAACUCGCUGGUGGUGUUGUUUUCCGUUAUGGCGCUAACAGCUGCCAAGCCUUCUGGGCUCAUACAAUCUGAGGUCAUAAGCUACGCCGCUCCAGCUGUAGCUCUAGCUCCAGCAGCAGUAUCACACCAGUCUCGGAUAGAUAUUAAAUCAUCUCCAGCAGUGAUUUCUGAAAAAAUUAUUGCUCCUGUCACUCGCACUGUAGUGGCUGAACCAGCCAUCGUUGCGGCUCCAGCAUCUUAUGUUGCACCUGCUGCUUAUGCUGCUCCAGCUGCUUUAGCAGCCCCAGUGUCAUAUUCUGCACCCGUUGCUUAUGUUGCUCCUGGACUCUACUCGGCUCCAAUUGCCGUCGCCCCAGCAGCAGUUUCUUCUCAAUCUCGUUUGGACAUUAAGUCAUCUCCAGCAGUAAUAAGCACUGUUGCCGCCGCCCCCGUAUUGAGUGCUUACAGUGCAUCAGUUCCCGCCAUUUAUCCAUCCGGUUUCUUUUCACCAGCCAUUGUUCCCUCAGCUGCAUUGUUAAAGAGCGAAAUUAAACCUAUUGCCGUAUCAAGUUCCCAAGACGCUGGAGAAAUCAAACCUGAACUGCCAGUUGCUCCCACCGAGACACCUGAAGUUGCUGCUGCCCGUGCCGCCCAUCUUGAAGCUAAAGCCCUUGAAGAAUCUCACCAGAUUAACAAGCGUUCUUUAAGAUAUUUGGCGAACCCUCCAAUCGUAUCUACUUAUUCAGCCCUUCCAGUGCCCCUUGUUUCUUCUCCAUUGUAUUCAGCACCGAUAGCCGUAUCAAGCCCCGUCAUCGGCAACGCUUACAGAAUCCACUACUAAACUCCGAUAUGAAAUCGAGAAAUAUUCUUCUCAAUUCAGUCAGGCAAAAAUGUUUGUAGUCAUCAAUAAAAUAUAAAUCAAAUU